UGUUUCCUUCUCUCAUCGAGCUCCAACACCACAGUGUCCAACCACAUAACGUGACAAUUUCACAUAAUCCCUUUACUUUUUCUUUCUUUUUCUUUCCCUCCUUCAUCUACAACACUCGAGAACAAUAAUCAAGAUCAAGAAGAUCAUUGUCAACAAUGGCUGACGAAGCAAUCAUCAAGAUACCCUCCGGCGAAGUCCUAGAAGACGACGAUUCAGAAGCCCCAGGCCCAACCAUCUCCCUCCCUGACUCAGGCGACGUAGGCGAAGGCGGAAAACUGAGCAUGAUCGUUCAGCUCGUCAAGAAGUGUCUGGGGGUCAAGGAUAUCGCUGCCAUGCGACUGUCAUUACCUGCAAGUCUUCUAGAGCCCCUUCCAAAUCUUGAAUAUUGGCAUUAUCUCGACAGACCUGACCUGUUCGCUGCUAUCAAUGAUUCCAACGAUCCCUUCGAGCGCAUCUUGGCAGUCGUACGUUUCAUAUUCACAAAGGACCUUAAAUUCGUCCAUGGCAAAGUCUGCAAACCCUACAACAGCGUUCUAGGCGAGCACUUCCGCGGUCAUUGGGACGUCCCCCCGGUUUCCUACAGUUCGGAUCCGACUCAACCCCCCGUCCUCCGCGUCCAUACCAGUGUCCCCCCUUCCCAGGUAACCCUAGCACAAGGAGGCGAGACAGUGAGCGUGAAGAGUAAUCGCAGCGGCAAGAGUUCAAAGAGCACGCGUAGUGGCCUCAGCCUCACUUCUACCUCCAAGGACAAGAUAUCCCCGACCCUAAGUACAGCUCCUUCAUCUCUCGGCGAUGCCGGUCUUUCCAAACUCUCGUUGUCUCCUCUUAACGGAAGUGGGAGUGGAAGGAACGAGGGCAAGGACAAGGAUAAAGACAAGGACCAUAUCCGGGUCGUAUAUGUAACAGAACAAGUAUCGCACCACCCCCCCGUAAGCGCAUACUAUGCCUCAUGUCCCUCGCGUGGGGUGGAGAUGGCAGGCAUCGACCAGAUUAGCGCAAAAGUGAGCGGUACGGCCGUGCGCGUCGCCCCAGGGUCGUUCAACAAGGGCAUCUACAUCAAUCUUACAUCGGGUCCGGGCAUAGGCGAGAAGUACCACAUCACGCACCCGGUGGCUAAUGUAAAUGGGAUCUUGAGGGGGAGCUUUUAUAUCACUGUGGGGGAUAGCACGAUCGUUACUUGUGUGGGUGCGAAGGGAGUAGCAUAUCGGGCUGUGAUUGAGUAUAAAGAAGAGUCAUGGCUAGGCCGCGCACACUUUCUAGUCGAAGGUGUGAUACACACAUACAACGAAGGAUCUACAGAACACGUAGAAUGGACGAAAGUGAAACACGUCCCCACGGCUCGGGUCGUAGCUGUCUUUGACGGAUGCUGGCGGAAUCAUAUACGGUGGCGGCGGACUGCUGCAUCUCCCCCUGCUCCAUCUACAUCUUCAGCAGCAUCAUCCCCAUCGACGUCAAGUUUUUCGGCCCCUUCGUUAUCAGAGACGGAAUACGCGACGCUCGUAGAUCUUUCGACGCUCUUCGUGGUCCCGAAGAAGGUUCGCCCGCUAGAAAGGCAACUUCCAAAUGAGAGUAGAAAGUUGUGGGAUGGUGUGACGACGAGGCUACUUGCGAAGGAGUAUGGGGAGGCUACGAAGGCAAAACUUGCAAUUGAGCAGAAGCAGAGGGAUGAGGCGGGUGAGAGGAAGAGGAAAGGUGUUCAAUUUAUACCCCAGUAUUUCGAGAAAGAUAUCAGUUCUGGAAUACCCGUUCUUACCUCUGCAGGCCGGAAAGCUGUGGAAGAAGAACUCAAGGAGUGCUCUGAGACUUGGCCGUCAUCAUAGAAUGCCGAGUCGACGCCGCUUUGACCUACCCACGUAGGGGUCAUGUCAUGGGUAGAAGUGUUGGAUAGAGGUGGUACGACCGAUCUGGGCUUUGGACGUAGAGGGUUGGGAAUUACUUAGGUCCGGGCCAUGAUAUCAUGCAGUCACGAUCGUUAAUGUUUUUGGAGUGGUAUUUUUUGUUGCUUUUACUUUUGCUUUCGUUUUAGUACCUGAUGCUUUUUGUUCUUUAAUUUUUUGUUUUUUGAUGAAAUUUCAGGGACCUUUUUUUUA